UUGGUUCCGAAUUUUCACGCCUGCAUGUAAAAACUGUAAAACCUCGGACCUCUCCGCCUGUCGUUUCUUCGUCUUUCACGCUGCCUGUACGUCAUCGUAAGCAUGCCCAGAAGGAGUCGGAGUCGCUCACCUGGACCAAGGAGAGAGUCUCGGAGUCCCAUACUAAGGCGGCGUCGUUCAGAGCAUGACAGGGGAGGAGGAGGAAGAGGAAGAGGAAGAGGACGGGGGAGAGAGAGGGAGAACGUGAGAGAGAGGACCACUGGUAGUCAGGAUCCUCCAAUGAGACGUAACAGUGACAGGCCUGUCGACAGACACACUCAUAAUGAGAGGAUAGGAAGAAAUGAAGGUGAUCGUCGGAUGUGGCAGAAUGAUGUCCACCCUUCGAGAGCAAUGGAUGUGAAUCCAGAAUCCAGCGAGAUGGAGGAGAACUCUGCACGUCGAACUGAUCGUUUCGUAACAGAGCGAUUCAAGAGAUCGAAUGCCGGGAGGUCUUUUCAGAGAGGGGGGAUGGAAGGGAGGAGAGGGAGGAGAAGGUGGGAGAGGAGGAGCGAGGGAGAUGGGAGGGGCUGGAGAGGAGAUGAAGAAGGGGGGAGGGGGGAGAGAGGGGGAGGAGAAAAGGAAGAUGGAGGACAGGGGGUGACGGGAGAAAUAGAGGAGGGGAUGGAGGGAGAGGUGGGUGAGCAGAGAAGACGGUUUGAGGGGAGGAGGGGGAGGGGAGGUUGGCGGCGAGUGGCCAAGGAGAGGGAAGAGAUGGAGAGGGAGGAGCAAGUCUUCAGAGAGAAGAGGCUUAUGGACUCACUCACUGACCCCAGAGAUGUGCCCAAGGGAAGCUGGUAUUUCGAGCAUGACGAUCGAAAGUUGGCUCAAACCUCUCAACCAUCUCGACGAUAUAGCACAGGAGACGAAAGAUACAGGCGCGAUCGCAGGGACCAAAGGGACUGGGAGGGGGAGAGGGAGAAGCGGGAGGAAGUGGGACAGAGGAGAGGAGGGGAGAGGGAGAGGGAGAGGGGGUUUCGUCAGCGAAGUCCGCGGGUCUGGAGACACGACAUGUUUGAGCAGCUGGAGCGAGAGGAGGCCGGGGAGGGAGAGGAGUGGGGGCAGGAGGGGUUGGUGGAGGGGGAGCAGGAGACGGGUAACGGAAGACAGCAGCGCAGGUCAGUGGUCCACAGACUUGGUACCAGACUGGAAGAUACCAGAGGGGACCACAGACUACCACAACGCGAUCCCGGGGUCGACGGAAGAUGGGCCCACGACAAGUUCUCAGAGCAUGACAAACUCGUGUCCUACCCCAUUCAGCACCACAAGGCUCGCCAGAGGACGAAGGAGAGGAGGAGGGGGGAAGAGAGCGAGGAAGGGAAGGCAGAGGAUUUCGAAAAGGGCAAGGAACAAGCUGACAUUUCUAUGGACACCAUGUAAAGCAAAGAGGGUAUAUGUCUGGUAGAGUUGUUUUGUGGGGUGAAGUGGCAACUCACAACCCUCACUGGAUGCACCAUUUUCAGCAAGGUGUGAUGUAACACAACCGUACAAUAUUUUUGACUAAAAAUAGAAGUUUAGCUGCCAUCUUAUGUGGAUGUUACCGUCACUCAAACCCAUAAUUAACGGCUAGUGAAAGGAACCCUCCUAUUACCCAUGACUCGGCAACUUGAAAAUCUGCACGCACUCUGCAUCACAUUGAGCUGUUGUUUCAACGGUUGUGCUGUAUAUGACUU